AUGAGUUUUCUUGGAGGUUUUUUUGGUCCCAUUUGUGAGAUCAAUGUUGUCCUUAAUGAUGGGGAAACCAGAAAAAUAGCAGAAAUGAAAACUGAAGAUGGUAAAGUAGAAAAACACUAUCUCUUCUAUGAUGGAGAAUCUGUUUCAGGAAAGGUAAACCUAGCCUUUAAACAACCUGGAAAGAGGCUAGAGCACCAAGGAAUUAGAAUUGAAUUUGUAGGUCAAAUUGAACUUUUCAAUGAGAAAAGUAAUACUCACGAAUUUGUAAACCUAGUGAAAGAACUAGCUUUACCUGGAGAACUGACUCAGAGCAGAAGUUAUGAUUUUGAAUUUAUGCAAGUUGAAAAGCCAUAUGAAUCUUACAUUGGUGCCAAUGUCCGCUUGAGGUAUUUUCUUAAGGUGACAAUAGUGAGAAGACUUACAGACAUGGUGAAAGAGUAUGAUCUUAUUGUUCAUCAACUUGCCACCUAUCCUGAUGUUAAUAACUCUAUUAAGAUGGAAGUGGGCAUUGAAGAUUAUCUACAUAUAGAGUUUGGAUAUAACAAAUCAAAGUAUCAUUUAAAGGAUGUGAUUGUUGGAAAAAUUUACUUUUUAUUAGUAAGAAUAAAAAUACAACACAUGGAGUUACAACUGAUCAAAAAAGAGAUCACAGGAAUUGGACCCAGUACCACAACAAAAACAGAAACAAUUGCCAAAUAUGAAAUAAUGGAUGGUGCACCAGUCACUUGCAUGUAGUAAUCUAGAAAACACUCAAAAGAGAUUUUGAAAAGCAAUUGUAUUUAACUAGCCUCAAAUUGUGCAACCAUGAUGUAUAAUAAAGAAUUUGAAACAG